AUGUCUAUCCGUCAACUACCUACGGAUCCCAAUUAUGGGAAGGUUCCCUAUUUAUGUGCAACCCUAGGCUACCCACCCAAGGAGACAUAUCGUGGAGGAGAUAUAGUCAUGGGGCAUGCAGAAACACCGGGCAGGAAAUCCAGCAACUUGCAACAUGCACUCCUACGACACCGAAAUAGUCCCAAAAUUUCUUCGCUGCCCAUUCGUCAACUCCGGCUAGAUAGUGACUGUUCAACCUCAGUUGAGGCCACUGAAUAUGCGGCGGGUUUCUUGCGUAUACCGGCCCAUCAGAAGCUUUUUCAGUGGACAGUAGAGGGUGAGAAGCGCGGGUGGCCCGUCUACCCAGAAGAAAACGAACGGGGCAUGCCGUCCAAGGCUGAGGAUACAUCAUCCUGUUCAGACUCGUCAGACGGAUCUGAGGAGGACGACGAUACGGAUUAUCAGCGAACAUCUUCGAAUGAUCAGCUAUCAUCUUUUGAUAGACGAUUACCACCCUGGGAGCGAUCAAUGAGGGAGCAUCAAGCCAUUACGAAGAACAUCGAAAUCCACUUGGAUUUUAUAUAUCCUCUUGAGAGGUCUCUCGAAGCCAAGUCCCAUGAUUGGCUGACGAAGCCAACGUUCAGCCUGAGUACUAUUAAGGAUAUCGACCGUUUUGCUAUUCGGAACCUACACAGUCUUGAUCUUUAUCUGCCCAAUGACACGGCUAAACUCAAUCGGUUCGUGAAUGAUUGCGUUCGUUAUUACAACCUUGGAAAUUCGAGCUUUCGACACCGGCGGCUGCACGAUCGAUGUAAGGAUCUGAUUGCGAACUUCGUGGGGGAUUUUGUAGGGUCGUGGAUGGAAUGGGAACAUGGAGGCUAUGGUUUCCUAGAAAGGCAUGGGGCGAGUAUAUCAAAAAGCCCAGAGUUUGAAGAAGCCUGGAAAACUCGCCAUAAUCAGUGGUGGGGCGGACUGAUUCCUUCCUCGGUAUCCCCGAUACUAGAUGGUAAGCGUCUGAAAAUCGAAAGUUCACCUCCGCCACGCACAAUCGUUAAUAGAAAAAGAGAACCCGAGUUUAUCGAUCUCAGCUCUGUUUCUACCAAUGACCUAAGACCAGAAAACGCAAAGCGACAGCGGGUCGACCACGCCAGCGCCGAAGAUAUUUCCCGCCCAAGUCGGGAAACCACGUCCGUUCAGUUAGAUAAUCUAGCGAAAGAUGAUAUGGAUAAUGUCGCAUAUGUGACAUCCGGCUACGUGACAAGAAGUUUCCCAGCGUCCAAGGUAGAAUCGAGCGGUGCACCUACGUCAAGCUUUUCUAUCCCAGAUAAAGUUGGAAGUGAUCAAAUCGUGGAUCUUCAGCCAUUUUUCGAUAUGCUCGAAACCCCGCCUCGCUCCUCUCUUCCAACCGACCACGCUGCUGGACAUCACGCGCCAGACCCGGUCAGCAAUGCUUCACCUGGCAAACCUGCGCCAGAUCCAACUGGAAAUGCUCCUGCAGCUAGACUUCCGGUGGAGGUGGUCCUUCAUACCCCACCUGUUGUGAGCCCAACUACCGUUCGCCAGGUGACACCAAGGGUUCCCAAAGGUUCUACCACGGCCAGUUCAGCUACUACCACUGAUCCUCGCCCGGUAAUUUUUGCAUCCACGUUCCCUUCUCCUAAUACGAACCCCUCGACAGGUAUCACUUUGAUGUCAACCGACUCACAUGCUGCUAAAUCCGAACUAGCCGAGCCAUCAAAUGACCGGUCUAUUUCCCCACCAGCUACAAGUUUCGACAGGAGGCCUAGUAGCCGUUACCAACUCACCGGCUCGUUUGUGGGCAAAGUGGAAUAUCCCCAUUUGCUCAACAGUGAGUUGAGCAGCAAACAGCUCACUAGGAUAAGCUCCUCGACAGAGAAAGAUGGCCCCACGAAACCAAGAUUGCGAUUUGCUAUCGAAGAUUCUGAUGGGAUGCCUGACGAUGACGAACAAAAUCUUGUUUCAAACAAAGUAAUGUCGGGGCUGAGUCUUGCUGAUCUGUUUGCCCUUGUGUGUAAUAGAUCUGGCAAACCCAAGUCAAACAUUGCGCAACUCACAUUUCAAUGCGGAUGGGGCAAUGGAGCAGCACUUGUGGUGGACAAAUAUGGCGGAGAAGAAUCUUGGACAAAGGCAAAGGCAAGAAUGAACAAACAUUUUAAGGCUUCCCAAAGGCAGUUGCCUCAAACAAAAGAAUUCGAGACAUGGGUUUAUUGCGGCGAUACCACGCAAACUUCGAGGACGGAUGACGAUAACGAGGACAGUUGA